AACUUCUGAAAAAGCCCCCAAGUGCACCAGUUUUAUACAGUACAUCUGUUCUGAAUGUCUCAUGUGAAUGAUUCAGUUGCGACAUGGAAAACCUGACCUUUGUGUACAAUGUGAGGAUUUUUGCCAUGGACCCUUCCCCUCUGACAAACCAUGAGUUUAUCCCAGACGUGGUUUCCAUAAACCUGAGUGCUGCUUGGUUCACUGUCCUUGCAAAGGGUGCUAAUAUCCGACUCUUCUUAUUACAUUAUGAAGUGUAACAGCGUUACGCUAAAUGUGUCCAGUAAAAUGGAAAGUGACACACAAGCCCUCUCUUCUUUUUCUUUUUUUUUCUACAGACGUUAUUGAAAUGGGGCUGCGACCCUGGAGCAUCCGGACCGUAGGGGGCGCUGUUUGAAUCCAGCUCCGCGGCUUCCAGCCCAGCCGAGCGGUGCCAUAGCUUCCCAUUGAAAGUCGGAAGUCGUGCCUAGGUUCGUGAAACUUGUCAAAAUGGCUGAGGACAACAGUUAUGAGUCGAUGCUCUGCGUAAAGCCAGAGGUUCACGUUUACAAGAUCCCACCGCGGGCCUCUAACCGUGGAUAUCGGGCCGCCGACUGGAAGCUGGAUGAACCUGCAUGGAGCGGAAGGAUGAAAAUUACAGCUAAAGGCAAGAUGGCCUACAUCAAGUUAGAGGACAAAAACACAGGAGAGCUGUUUGCACAGGCUCCGGUCGAACAGUAUCCAGGCAGCGUAGUUGAAGCCGUCACAGACUCCAGCAGGUAUUUUGUCAUCCGGAUAGAAGACGGAAAUGGACGUCAUGCUUUCAUCGGUAUGGGUUUUGCUGACCGCGGGGACUCAUUUGACUUCAACGUUGCUUUACAAGACCAUUUUAAGUGGGUCAAACAAGAGGGUGAGAUUGCGACCAUGGAAGCCUCUCAGAGCGCAGCUCCAAAACUGGACCUGAGCUUCAAGGAGGGUCAGACCAUCAAGAUCAGCAUUGGGCAAAACAUUAAGAAGAAAGAAGCAGGUGGAGGUAAAGCACGACCCGUGGGUGGUGGUCUGCUCCCCCCUCCCCCUGGAGCAAAGGCUGGAGGUUUCCUGCCACCCCCUGGAGGACAGCAGUCUGUCCCCACCGUGCAGACUAACACUAACGCUGCUCCUCUGUUGGACUUUGCUUCCCCUGGCCCCCCAGCUGCCCAGCCCAGCUCCGACUUGUGGGGAGAUUUCACAUCUGCUGGUUCAAACUCCAACAAUGAUGCUGUCAAAUCUGGAUGGGUGCAGUUUAGUUGAGUCAUGAGAAAACGCGCUCACACUCAGGUUCCACACAUUCCUUGGACAGGACGAUUGUGACAAAAAGAAGCUCAGAGAGGAACUGUUAGCUCAUUCGCUGCACACUCCACUCACGCACUCUAAAGAAUAGCCCGCUGACCAACACACUGUGGAGGAACAAACAUUUGUCUACUUAUUCUACUUCACCCUCUGCUGUGCAUUAGGAUUGAGUUUUACCAUCUCUGCUCUUUAAAAUGAGUCUGUGAUCGAAAGGGAAAGCCGACUCGUUACACUAACCAAGUAAAAAAAGAAGAAAAAAAAUCCUCCUCUGCCUUAAAUCACAUUUUCCAUAUUUUUGUAGCCUCUUUGUCCUUUUGACUCUGUCCAAAAUCAGAUUUCAUCCUCUUUGUGUCUUCAUUGAACCAUGCAUACGUGUUCCCAUCUCAGAAUGAUCUCAUUACACCAGCAUUACUCAUCUCAAGGCUUUUUUUUUUUGUUCCUAAACUUUUGGGAAAAUACUCUUAAGAGUCCCUGUUUUUAUUGAGCUUUACACCAGCGUCUGUCUCGUCCUUUCUUUUGUUAUUUGUUUUUAUUUCCCUGUAUUCUGUCUUAGUACACCUUUAAUCUUUUGUUAAUAUUUGAUGAUUCGUUUUACAUUAAGCAAAUACCGGGACUGUUUUUAAUCCAAUGGAAACACCAGCUAGAUAGUUUGUCUCGCUGAAAUAUGAACGUGUUGUUUUUGACAUGUUCUCUGUCUUUAUGCAAAACCCCUUGUGUCUUUCUUCUUUCUUCAACGUGCCUUUUACCCAUCUUAAAUGUCCUGACACUUCCCAAACAACUCUGAAAAAGUGCCUUCCUGAGAAUGACCUAAAGUGUACAAAAUAUAAACCUAUGUCCUUCUGUAAAUAAAGUACAUAUAUUUCAUCA